GUUGACAGUUUAUGGUUAAAAAGUUGACCCUGUUGGGCUCUCAGGUUAGACCUGAAUCCAGAAUCCUGACCCUGUUGUGAUCAAGUUUGACGCCCCUGGUCUAGUCCUUUCCUGAGUUAUAACAGUGAUGGAUGUCUAGAAGCAGAACUUCAGUCUCAGCUGGACGCUCUAACGCUGCCUUCACUGCCUUGUGGUGUCCUCACUGCCUCGUGGUAUCUUCACUGCCUCGUGGUGCCCUCUCUUCCUCGUGGUGCCUUCACUGCCUGGUGGUACCUUCAUUGCAUCGUGGUGCCUUCACUGCCUCGUUCUGCUGGAUUCUACCGACCCCCCUCUGAUCCAAUGAAGCUGAAACAGGACGUGGUUCUCCCGUUCUCCUCCAGCUCAGCCAGAUGAACAGACACAGGAGAGAACUUACAGCCAAGGCUCAUCAGCUGUGCUUUUGGCUCCUCCUUUGCUUCCGCCUGGCGCUGGCUGGCGUCCCCGGUCCCUGCAGACACUCCGUGACCCGGGAUCAUCUUCUGAGCCUCAACCGCCUGAUCGAUAACCAGCUGGACCACAGCUGUUUCAUCAUCUACCCCUUCACUGACUGUCUCCACCUGAGUAAGGUCUGCUGUGUCAAAGCAGCGUUUCCUCACAUCCUGGAGCUCCUGUCCUCUCACUUCCGUUAUGUCCGGACUUCAGAUAACAGGAAGUACGUCAGCACGCUGGAGACCGUCAUCUACCACCUCUACUCACAGGGCUGCAUCCCUGAGAUCAACGAGGAGGUGGAGGACAGUCCGGUCCGGUUCCUGAGGAUGGAGCAGAGUUCUCCUAAAGACGCUCUGAAGAAAGUCAGAUCUGUGAUCAGGAUGUACAUGAGCCUGAUGAUUGAAAGUUCCGCCCCCAUCCACUGGGACUGUCAGGAUGAGUACGAUGCUGAAGACCGACUGGAGUCCACGACUGGAACCAGCUCCACAGAGCAUCCAUUCAGUCUGGUUAGACCCACCUUCUGAUCCUGAUCCGGACCUAAGACAUGGACUCAGUGUUGACGUGGUAACCUGGAGCUGUUCUGAGAAGGAUUAGACGAGGAUGAGGAGGAGGAUGAGUGUGCAGGGAGGAUGAAGAUGUUGUGAGCUUUGAUGUAAAUAUGAAGAACAAAGUUGAAUCUUAGAGUCUGUUAAAUUCUAUAUUUUAUUAACGUGAAUAAAGUUUG